CCCUCACUAAUCGCCCGUUCAUCGCGCCGACCCACUCCCCUGUGCAUCAACACGAGGUCCACGCAUUCUCAACAUGUCAAGUCCCUCCACACGGCUUUUUGUGUGCCAAAAGUGCAACCAACAACUUGGCAUUGACGAGUCGCUUCAGGACAUCAAUUCCGCUGCAUUUGACCUUCUACUCGGACCCCUUUCGGACCAGAAUGGAAAUACCUCUGGAGCAGGAAGCGACCGACAAUCUCAGCAAUCAGGUUCAUCCCAGGGUCACCGAAGACCAGGGAGUUCUUCUGGCGACACGAGUCGUCCAGAACCCGUCUUUACUCGCACUAUUCCACCGCACAAUCACUCUUCAAAUACGCGGAUAGGCGGUCAGGACCCAGGUGGUUAUAACUCGAAUCUACUCCAUCCCGGAAUAGACGCAGCAGAGUCGUUUAUUAUGCUCCCCAAAGGACACCCUUCGGACGCAACUCACCAACAACUCAAUAGCCCAAAUAACCAAGCAUUUUACUCCAGGGGAUCCAUACCGCCAUCAGGAAGCUAUCAGGGCGUCAAACCGCUUAACAGUGGGAACGGCACCAGCAGCAAUGUAUUAUCCGUGAAUGGAAACCAGAUAGGAGCAGGAGGAAGCAGCAGCCGGCUAAAGUCUUCCGCAAAUGGGGCUGGUGAUGUCAUGGAUAGCAUGCACACGGAUAGGACAACAAAAGCAAACCGCCUGCGGACGACAGGAAAGCUGUUCGAUCUUAUGUCGGCCAAGUCUGAUAUUGAUCACCCACUUUGUCAUGAGUGUGCUGAGAUGUUGCUGGACUCUUUAGCGAAGCAACUGCGAGACGUUUCAAGGGAGCGUGAUUGCUAUAUUGAUUUUCUGCGAACUGUCAAUUCGAACGUGGCGAGCGAUGCAGAGAUGGAGGCACUCGAAAAUGAGAUCAAACAGAUACAGCUGGACGAGAGCGCAUCCAUUCAAGCACUUCGCAAUAUCGAGGAGCAGCAGACGGCCGUUCGGGAAGAGAUUGUUAUGCUUGAGAAAGAGUCUUUGGAAUUGGACAAGGAGGAGGAAAGGUAUUGGCAGGAAUGCAAUGAGUUCCAAUUGGCGCUUCAGGGUUUCCACAACGAAAGGGACAGCGUCAAUCUCAAAUACGACUAUGAUACAAGGCAGCUGGAAAAGCUGCACAAGACUAACGUUUACAACGAUACCUUCUGUAUUGGACACGAUGGACAUUUUGCAACAAUCAAUGGAUUCAGACUGGGAAGACUUCCUACACAACCCGUAGACUGGCCCGAGAUCAAUGCGGCAUGGGGACAGACCUUGUUAUUGCUCCAUACCAUCGCCAACAAGCUGAACUUCACUUUCAAGACCUAUCGACUUGUUCCUCUCGGAUCCUUUUCACGCAUUGACAAGAUCGAGGGCGAUCGGGCGAGUUAUGAGCUAUACGGAUCGGGCGAAUUUGCUAUCGGACGUGUGUUCUUGAACAGGAGGUUCGACAACGCCAUGGUGGCGUUCUUGAAUUGCCUUCAACAACUCGGCGACUAUGCAGAGCAACAAGGGCCAAAGCUAGAACUCCCGUACAAAAUCAACAAGGACCGCAUUGGAGACGCGUCUAUCAAGCUGCAGUUCAGCCAGGGCGAGACAUGGACCCGCGCGCUGAAAUAUACUCUGACCAACACCAAGUGGAUUCUCGCCUACGCCUCCAGUUCUGCGGCCUCAAACAUGACUUCUUACACGCCAUCAGCACCGUCAUUGCCUAUCUCAAGAAGGUCGUCGCCUGCAGUCAAGAGCAGCAGCAGCGCUCAUACAAACGCUCCGUAGGCAUGCAAAUAAACAUGAGAUUUUUUAAUUGUUGCGG